AUGUUGCUGCGAUGCUACCGAGGGAAGCUGUCGGUGUGGGCCGCCCUGUGCCUGCUGGUGCUGUGCUGGUUCUACGUGUACCCGGUGUACAGGCUCCCGCGCGACAAGGACGUAACGGAGGAAGUGCUGAGGCAGGGAGACGCGUGGACCAAGAACCAGACCGGCAUCGAUCUGUUCAGGAAGUUGCUGACCGAAUGCUGUGACCCUGGAAGGAUGUUUGCCGUGACCAAGGAGAACUCCCCCCUGGGCAAGGUGCUGUGGUACGAUGGAGAGUUCUACCACUCGCACACGGUUAACAACGAAACCUACUCACUGUUUGUGCAGGACAACCCUCUGCAGCUGCCUCUGAAGAAGUGUGCUGUGGUGGGGAAUGGAGGAAUACUUCGACACAGUAAAUGCGGCCAGGACAUCGAUCAGGCCGAUUUCAUCAUGAGAUGUAACCUGCCUCCAGUGUCGAAGCAGUACACAGAGGACGUGGGGACCAGAACACACCUAGUCACAGCCAACCCCAGCAUUAUAGAGAAAAGAUUUCAGAACUUGCUGUGGUCCCGGAAGGCCUUCGUGGAUAGCAUGAAGGCGUACGGGUCCAGCUACAUCUACAUGCCGGCCUUCUCCAUGAAACCCGGCACGGACCUGUCUCUGCGGGCUCACUACGCCCUGUCCGACGCCUCUUCCGAACUCACCAUGCUCUUUGCCAAUCCCGAGUUUCUCCGCACGGUUGGAAAAUUCUGGAAAUCUCGCAAUGUGCAUGCCAAAAGAUUGUCCACGGGCUUGUUUCUGGUCAGCUUGGCGUUAGGGCUGUGCGAAGAGGUGACUGCGUAUGGCUUUUGGCCCUUUUCCAUGGGUUUGGACGGACAGCCCAUCAGCCAUCACUACUACGACAACAUUCUGCCUGAUAAGUGGUUUCACGCCAUGCCCGAAGAGUUUAUGCAGCUCUGGCAGCUUCACAAAAGCGGCACACUUCGUAUGCGGGUCGGACACUGUCCCUUGUCAUAA